ACGAAAGUGUUGCAGAGUCAAAAAAACCCUAACGUAGGAAAUUACAACUUAAAGGAUUUACGACUUGAGGCGUCGAGAGGUGAAGGAAGACGGAGAUGGCGAAACCAAAGAGAGACGAAUUGAAUCAAAUCCUUACUAGUUAUCACAAUACCAUCAAUGAUACUCUCCAGUUGUUUGAGCAAGUUCCGUCUCCGACACAAGACAAAGUAAGCUGGAACGAUGUCCUUCAGAUUUCUGAUCAUCUCUCCAAACAAGCUACUAUAGUGGGAAUGCUAUGGACUGGAGAACCUCCAAAAUCUGAAGCACUAAAGGAGACUAUGGAGGCAUACUUCAACGUGCUUCAAGGAUUUUUGCUGCAUUGUCAUGGAAGCAUGGUUGGUGCCGGGACUACACUUUCUUCAUCCAUACACGCCUCUGCGAAGCAAAUUGUUGAUUCUAGCUUCAGAUUGUUGCAGGGUUCUGUGUCCCUAUACGAGGGAUCAUAUGGGAAUGGAAGGAAGCCGUCGAUUCCGCAGCUUGCUGGAGCAGUGUGGGAAGCAUGCUCCAAUUUAAAGAAGGUGCCUGAAACAAACAUCAAAGCGAUUGGAAGGGCGAUGGCACAUGUAGCUGUUUCCAUGAAGGAUGUUCUUAGGGAGAUGAAAGAACUGAAGCCAGCUUGUUCUUCACCCGAGCAUGAUGCUUCUGAAAACCUGGAAAGCGAGACUCAAAACUCAGAUGAAGAUGAUGAUGGUUUAGGCGAUGACUUGUCUCCUGAAGAAUUUGAAGUUGCUAAAAUGGUAGUAGAUAUUGUGUCUGAGACGCUCGUGGUUAUAAAAGAGCUUAUCCGUGCUUUCACAGGCAUGAUCAAGCUGGAGAAUCCAAAUGAUAAUAGUGAGUUUGUGGACUCUCUUGAGAAGUUACUGAAGUUGUGUCAAGGCAUUGGAGUACAGAUUGAUGAGCUUGGAGCCUGCGUUUAUCCGCCACAAGAGUUUGGUCUCAUGAAACAAACAGUGGAGAAAAUAUGGGAAACUAUUGGUGAGAUUGAGACUGGUGUUAAGAGUUUCGAGAAUUUUUCAUCAGAAGCUUUAUCGGGAUCAUGCAGAAGGCUGCAGGGUUUGAUUGAACAUAUGGAAACCGAGCUGGGCACAAGAAUAGAAGCUGAAGUAGUUUGCAAAAUGCAGAAUGUUAAUCUUUAGCACUUAGAAAAGUUUGGAUUUAAGGUUCUUACUUCUUAACUUAGUGUUUCAGGACUUGUUUUUAGUGUUAAAUUGGCAAUUAUAGGAAGUGAAACAGUUGCAUAUACUAAAUCUUGUGAAGGGUAUGUACUAAAGCCUAUUUCAGAUUGCAAUAACAAAACAUUUCUAA